ACAUGAAAAAAGGAAGAGAAGAAAGAUUCGCUAAAUUUUCAACACAAAAAUUUUACCUGCACUCCGAUGCAUCAUGCGGUUUCUCUUAAAACCCUUCUUCAAUUAAGUGAAGCAGAUUCACUGAAGAAUCCGAGUCAUUAGGUGAUAAUCGUUCUCCUCUCUCAAGUUUCUUUCUCCUGAUAACCGCAAUUUGCAAUUUUUUUCGUCCAUGGAUAUCAUUUUGUUGCAGAAUCACAGAAUAUUUCCAUUUUCCAUAUCAAUUUGUUCUGCUUAUCUCAUUUCAUGAUGUAUGAUACAUUUGGAAAUUACUUUUAUGAUUUACCAUCUGGAGAGAAAAAGAUAAAGUUUGCAUAUUUUUGGCAAAUUUUGAAUACCCAGAAAAGGAAUUGAAGAAAGAAAUGAUGGGUAAUAGGUUUUUAGUAAUUGCAAUAACUACAUAUAGAAAUUUCAGUACCAAAACUGGUACAAAAACCAAGAAGUGGUUUGGAAAUAGAUACAGGAAGAAAGCCAUUGAGAAAGAACUCGUAGAAGGUAGAACUAGUAUCAAAUGGACUGACCAACAGAAACAAGUCAUAAGUGCUGUUUCUAUGGGUCGUUCUGUGUUCAUUACGGGCUCAGCUGGAACUGGAAAAACAGCCUUGAUUGAGCAUCUUAUCAAAACAUUGGGCCAGAAACGUUAUGAACCAUCAAAUGUGUUUGUCACAGCAGCUACUGGUGUUGCAGCCUGUGCUAUUAGUGGACAAACUCUGCAUUCUUUUUCCGGGAUUAAACACAUGAAGGCCGAUAGAGAACUGCUGCUACAAAGUGUUUUAUCCAAUAAGCAGGCUUGUAGGAGGUGGAAGAAAGCUAAGGCAUUGGUUAUAGAUGAAAUUAGUAUGGUCAGUGCAAAGAUGUUUGAGGAUCUUGAAUACAUUGCUAGAGUGAUUCGUGAUGUAGAUGAGGUGUGGGGUGGAAUUCAGCUUGUUGUAGGUGGAGAUUUCUUCCAGUUACCACCCAUAAUAAGACCACCAGAUCCGUUGGGUAAAGAAUUUGCAUUUGAGGCAGAUUGUUGGAAUUCAAGCUUCGACUUGCAAGUUGAACAAACUCAAAUUUUCCGGCAAUCAGACCUUCAACUUAUCAAGAUACUUCAGGGUAUAAGAAGAGGGGAGAUUGAUCCUUCAGAUUUGGAGUGCCUAGAAGAAGUAUGUUGCUCAAAGACCAAACCAGAUGAUUCGGUGGUACAACUCUUUCCAAGGAUUGAAGAUGUGGCCACAGUGAAUGAAGAGAGAAUGGAAAAAUUGAACAAUGAAAUUGUGGUUUAUACAGCCGUUGACAGUGGCAUCGACAAAUGGAAGAGACAGCUUGAUAAAGGGAUAGCACCUGAUGAAAUUGGUUUGUGUGAAAAGGCAAGGGUGAUGCUGAUCAAGAAUGUGAAAACUUGGCGUGGACUGGUUAAUGGUGCCACUGGUACCAUUUUGGGGUUUGUUGAACCGGAGGAGAGGGAUGUUACUGACAUAUGUAAAGAUGGACUGCUUCCUCUUGUCAAGUUUGAUUCAGGGCAGACAAUGGUGGUUGAACCGGAAACAUGGGAAGUGAGAGAGGGAGAUGUAGUUCGUGCCAGUAGAAAGCAGAUUCCUCUCAUACUGGCAUGGUCAUUAAGUAUUCACAAGUGCCAAGGAAUGACUCUUGACCGCCUGCACACCGAUCUCUCAAGAGCUUUUGGAUACGGAAUGGUCUACGUAGCUCUUUCCCGUGUGAGAAGCUUUGAAGGCCUUCAUUUAUCUGGUUUUGAUUCCUCAAAGGUUCAAGCACACCCCAAGGUUUUGAAGUUCUAUAAAAAUUUUGUUAGUGAACAAUAUAAAGAAAUUGAGGAUGAUUGCUCAGGGAAAGCUCAUCAUAUAUCCAGGGGAAAUACUUGAUAUUACACAUGAAUUGAGUACUUGAGGAACAGAAUUAAUGUCUUCGGACAAUGAUGGUGCAUCAAUGAACAAAUAAUUUUCAACAUGCAGACUUCAUCACAACAUAGCUGCAGUAUUUCCACUCUACAUCUGGUUCGAAGUGUCAAAUCCAACAAAAUUCGAAGAGUGCUAUUUAAUAUUUUGGGAUUUGAUAUUUGUUUAUCAGUUCUCUUCGAUUAUCAAAAUGUCUGGUCGAAGAGAAAAUAGCUAUAAUAGCUCUUCUUUUAUCACUAACAAGUUUUAUUCUAAACAAUAAGACUUCACAAGUUAUUUAUAAAAAGCUAUUAUACAUUAGAGAGACCAAAUUGUUUUCAAAUUAAUUUACUAAAUUAUGUGGCAAAUAAUGUGACACCCGUUUAGUAGUUUGUGUUAGAUUUGACUUAUUCAUGUAAUUGUUCGUUUAUAUAUAUUUAGUUUACAUUAAUUUUUCAGUUAUUUAUA